GCUCUCGCGCGCCCGUAUACUUGGUUGCUCGGGCACUUUGAACAAUGAGUGUCGGCGGAGCGCGAGGAGCCCGGAGAAUGUGAGCGUGUGAUUUAGCACCAAUGUUCAGCGCCGUGCGAUUCUCUUCGUGUGGUCUUUCAAUGGGCGAAAAAGCGUAAACAUGUGGAUACCGACGGAACACGAGAAAUUCGGAGUGGUGCUGGCCAGUUUUCGGGGGACGGUACAGCACGGCUUGCCUCUGGAGAUUGGUGACACAGUGCAGAUCCUGGAGAAAUGUGAAGGCUGGUACAGAGGCUUCGUGCUCAAAAACCCAAACGCCAAGGGGAUUUUCCCAUGCAGCUACAUUCAUUUGAAAAAUGCUCAAAUCAAGAACAAGGGGCAGUUUGAGACUGUGGUGCCCACAGAAGAUACGGUCAUUACGGAGAUGACGUCCACAUUGCGGGAAUGGGGCACCAUAUGGAAGCAGCUUUAUGUGAAGAAUGAGGGAGACCUCUUCCACAGAUUGUGGCAUGUGAUGAAUGAGAUCUUGGAUCUGCGGCGGCAGGUUCUGGUUGGUCACUUGACCCAUGACCGCAUGAAGGACGUCAAACAACACAUCACUGCACGCCUGGACUGGGGAAAUGAGCAGCUGGGUCUGGACCUGGUCCCCAGGAGAGAAUUCAGCAUGGUGGACCCUGAUGACAUCAGCGUCACUGAGCUAUACAGACUGAUGGAGAAUCGACACCGUAAAAAGGACACGCCGGUCCCAGCCAGCACACAUCACCUGUUUGUGCACAUGAAGAGUCUGAUGAGCUUGAACUUGGGAGAGGAUCUGGAUGUUUUCUUCUACAUCUACGACAGCAGAGAGAGUCGACCUCUCAGUGAAAGGUUCUUUGUGAGGCUAAAUAAGAACGGAGUGCCCAAGUCUCCAGAGAAGACAGAGACACACUGUACCCUUUUUGUGGACUUGGGGAGCAGUGACCUGAGAAAAGAUGUGUAUAUUGUUGUUCACAUCAUUAGGAUAGGGAGGAUGUGUGCCGGUGAGAAGAAGAACACGUGCAGCGUGCAGUACAGGCGUCCGUUUGGCUGCGCUGUGGUCAGCAUCGCAGAUCUUCUCACUGCUGAUACGAAAGACGACCAGAUCCUCAAAGUCUAUGCAUGUAACACUGAGAGUGAUUGGAGUCAAAUCCACGACAACAUCAUAAAAAAAGUGAACUCCAGAUAUAACCUGUCAGGAUCCAACACAGGCCUAGCAGUGACUCUCCAGUUACUCCACGGGGACAUUGAGCAGUUGAGGAGGGAGUACAUGGUCAUUUUCUCCCGGGGUGUGUCCAUCACCAGGAAACUGGGCUUCUCUGACAUCAUCAUGCCAGGGGAGAUGAGGAAUGAUUUGUAUGUCACCCUGGAGAAAGGAGAGUUUGAGAAGGGAGGGAAGACAGUAGCCAGAAAUGUGGAAAUCACCGUUUAUGCACUGGAUGCUGAUGGACAGAUUCUCCGGGGCUAUGUUGCAGCGGGUGCAGGUGAGCCGGGGGCUGAUGAGUACCACUCUUUUGUGCUGUACCACAACAACAGCCCACGCUGGGCCGAGCAGAUCAAGCUGCCCAUCCCCGUCGACAUGUUCCGCGGCUCCCAUGUUCGCUUUGAGUUUCGCCACUGCUCCACUAAAGACAAAGGGGAGAAGAAGCUGUUCGGCUUCUCGUUUGUCCCUUUAAUGCAGGAAGAUGGACGAACUCUGCCUGAUGGCACCCAUGAGCUUAUUGUUCAUAAGUGUGAGGAGAACGCUAAUCUUCAGGACUGUGCUCGCUACCUCAAUCUACCCGUCUUCAAAACCAACCAGUCGGGCAACAACCAAGCUGUGAAAAGCAGCAAGGAGUCCUUCUGGAUCACCUCAUUCCUCUGUUCCACCAAACUCACUCAGAAUGGUGAUAUGCUGGACUUGCUGAAAUGGAGGAUGCACCCUGAGAGGAUCAGUGACAGCCUGUCCAAACUGAAGGCGAUUGACGGCUCUGAAAUAGUUAAGUUCUUACAGGAUACACUGGACACGCUCUUUGGAAUCUUGGAUGAGAGCGCGCAGAGAUAUGGUCUCAAAGUCUUUGAUUCUCUUGUGCACAUUAUAAACUUACUCCAGGACAGCAAGUUCCAGCACUUUCAACCCGUCAUGGACACCUACAUUGAGAGCCAUUUUGCAGGAGCGUUGUCAUACAGGGACCUGAUUAAGGUACUGAAAUGGUACGUGGACCGCAUCAUUGAAGCCGAACACCAGGACCACAUCCAGCGAGUACUCAAGGCGACAGAGUACAUCUUUAAGUACAUUAUCCAAUCUCGGAGGCUGUUUGCUCUCGCCACGGGAGGCCAGAACGAGGAAGAGUUUCGCUGCUGUAUGCACGAACUGUUCAUGUCCAUCCGCUUCUUCUUGUCGCAGGAGAGCAAAGGGUCCGGCGCUAUCAUGCACACACAGGCGGUGUUUUUGCAGGCGUUUCCUGCAGUCUAUGGGGAGCUUCUGAAGCUGUUCACUGUCAGAGAUGUGGCCUCGUUCGUGCGGGAGACUCUGGGGAGUCUGCCGGACACCUCACAGUCAGACUGCUCUCUAGAGACUGUGAAACUGCAAUGCAUUUCAAAAACCGUGGAGAGUCAACUGUACACAAACCCAGAAUCUCGGUUUAUCCUGCUUCCUGUGGUCUUGCGCUUGUUACAAACUCACAUGCAGGAGCAGCGGGAUCUGGUGAUGUGUGCCCAAAUACUCACCAGCAUGCUGUCCAUCAUAAAGAGAGACAGUAUGGAGCCAGUCAUGUCUGAAGAAGUGGACCUGAUAGUGGAGAGCUUACUGAGUGUAUUGUUGAGGACCAUACUGGAGAUUUCCAACCGUCCGCAAACCCCUGCAUCGACCUUGCGUCCUCAGAGUCAGGAUGUCACGGGGGAGUUUGUGGCAUGUCUUUUGGCUCUGCUGACGCAGAUGGGAGAUAAACACUACCAGCAGCAUCUUCAGCGUUUUACCAGUAAAGAUGAGCUGAGGGAUUUCCUCCUACAGAUUUUCACCGUGUUCCGGAUCCUGAUCCGGCCCGAGAUGUUUCCAAAAGAUUGGACAGUCAUGCGGCUCGUCACUAAUAAUGUCAUCAUCACAACGGUGCUCUACCUGUCAGAUGCUCUGAGGAAAAACUUUCUCAGUGACGGGUUUGAUUAUAAGGUCUGGGACUCGUACUUCUACCUAUCUGUAAUCUUCAUCAACCAGCCCUGCCUCCAGCUUGAGACCUUCUCUCCUUCCAAACGCAAGAAAAUUCUAGAAAAGUAUGGAGAUAUGAGGGUGAUGAUGGGCUGUGAAAUCUUCAGUAUGUGGCAGAAUCUAGGAGAACACAAGUUAAACUUCAUCCCUGCUAUGAUCGGCCCGUUUCUCGAGGUGACACUGGUUCCUCAGCCUGAUCUGCGGAACGUGAUGAUCCCCAUCUUUCACGAUAUGAUGGACUGGGAACAGCGGCGCAGCGGCAACUUUAAACAGGUGGAGGCAAAACUUAUAGACAAGCUCGACAGUCUGAUGUCAGAAGGAAAGGGUGAUGAAACUUACCGGGAGCUCUUUAACAGCAUUCUUUUAAAGAAGAUCGAGAGAGAGACAUGGAGAGAGAGUGGAAUCUCAUUAAUUGCGACAGUAACGCGUCUAAUGGAGAGACUGCUUGAUUACAGGGACUGUAUGAAACUUGGAGAAGUGGAUGGGAAGAAGAUUGGCUGUGCUGUCAGUCUGUUGAACUUCUAUAAGACAGAGCUGAAUAAGGAGGAGAUGUAUAUUCGCUACAUCCACAAGCUGUAUGACCUGCACUUGAAAGCACAGAACUACACAGAGGCUUCUUACACACUGCUGCUGUACGAUGAACUGUUGGAGUGGUCAGAAAGGCCACUGCGAGAGUUUCUGAGUUACCCCAUGCAGAGCGAGUGGCAGAGGAAAGAAUACCUGCACCUCACCAUCAUCCAGAACUUUGAUCGUGGCAAGUGUUGGGAGAACGGCAUCCUCCUGUGUCGAGAGUUGGCUGAUCAGUAUGAAGCAUACUAUGAUUAUAGGAACUUGAGCAAAAUGAAGAUGAUGGAGGCUUCCCUGUAUGAUAAAAUCAUGGACCAGCAGAGACUGGAGCCCGAGUUCUUCCGAGUGGGCUUCUAUGGGAAGAAGUUCCCCUUCUUUUUACGGAAUAAGGAGUUUGUAUGCCGUGGUCAUGACUAUGAGCGUUUGGAAGCUUUCCAGCAGCGCAUGCUCAAUGAAUUCCCUCAUGCCAUCGCCAUGCAACAUGCCAACCAGCCAGACCAGACCAUCUACCAAGCUGAGGCCCAGUACCUGCAAAUCUAUGCAGUGACUCCAAUCCCAGACAGCCAGGACGUCCUCCAGAGAGAUGGUGUUCCGGACAACAUCAAGAGCUUCUACAAAGUCAACAACAUCUGGCGUUUCCGCUAUGACCGCCCCUUCCACAAGGGCACCAAAGAUAAGGAGAAUGAGUUUAAGAGUCUGUGGGUGGAGAGGACGACGAUGACCCUGGUGCAGAGUCUCCCAGGGAUCUCCCGCUGGUUUGAAGUGGACAAGAGAGAUCUGGUGGAGGUGAGCCCGCUGGAGAACGCUAUCGAGGUGAUUGAAAACAAGAACCUGCAGCUGCGCACACUCAUCACGCAGUGCCAGACACGACAGAUGCAGAAUAUCAACCCGCUCACCAUGUGCUUAAACGGCGUGAUCGACGCUGCUGUGAAUGGAGGCCUUGCUCGCUACCAGGAGGCAUUCUUCGUGAAAGAUUACGUGAUGAAUCACCCUGAGGACGGAGAUAAGAUUGGACGCCUCAGAGAACUCAUGUUUGAGCAGGCACAAAUACUGGAGUUUGGCCUGACUGUCCAUGAGAAGUUUGUUCCACAGGACAUGCGGCCACUGCAUAAGAAACUGGUGGAUCAGUUCCAUCUUAUGAAGUCUAGCCUAGGGAUUCAGGAGCUCCCCGCCUACAUGAGAGCCAGUCCAAUCCAUUUUCCUAAUGGAAGCCCACGGGUCGGUCGCAACUCAAUGCCCAACAUCUUGAAUGUAGAGGGAGGACGUGUGGUGGCUCGGCGCAGUCCACUCAGCUAUCCAGCAGUGAACCGGUACUCGUCGUCCUCUCUGUCAUCGCAAGCCUCCAAUGAAGUGAGCAACAUCACUGGGCAGUCAGAAAGCUCAGACGAAGUAUUCAACAUGCAGCCUAGUCCAUCUACCUCGAGUCUCAGCUCCAAUCACUCAGCAUCUCCAAACGUGACCAGCUCGGCCCCCUCCAGUGCCCGAGGUUCACCUCAGUUGUCAGAGAAACACAAGCAUGUCCGGGAGAACUCUUGCCUCUCUCCAAGGGAGAGACCCUGCAGUGCUGUAUUUCCCAAUCCACUUGAUUCCACACAGAGGACGAUCCCACAACCAGCAGGUGAUGCCUCUCUGCCUCGCAGCGAUCCCAACAUCUCCAUUCCAGACAAAGUGGUCAAGCCUGCCCCAAGCAGCUGGAGUCUUGACACAACAUUCUCUGACUCUGUCGGAAAGCAGUUUUGCCCCCCUGUCCCUCCUAGACCACCAUACUCAGGGUCUCCUGCUAAAAAUAUGAGAUCACAGUCACCAGGUCCAGUAUCAAGGUCACCACAAAAGUACUCUGUGCCUCCCUUCACACCCUCGCCCACGGAGUGCCCACCAGCAGGACUUGUACCCAACUCCCCAGUGCUCUCUGGCAGCUACAGCAGCGGCAUCUCGUCUCUCAGCCGCUGCAGUGUUUCUGAAGCCUCAGGCACCGAAGCCACACCCUCCACUGACCAUGCUCUCCCCACCUCCACCUCUAGUGGCUCUGAUGAGCUUUUUCGGCGAGAGAACAAGACUCCACCCCCUUACAGCAGCAAUCCGCGGCGACCGGUGCCCCUCCCUCACAGCCUUUCCAUUCCUACGAGUGCUGAUGCUCCACCCAUUCCACCAAAACCCCACCAGCUUCGCAGUGUUAAGCCAGUGGAGCAGCUGCCCAGACCCCGCCCCCUUCCCAGGAAAGUCUCUCAGCUUUAAUAAUGCUGGAAGAAAAUACCAUGCACCACCAAUUGCACUUUCUCUCUUUGGGGUUGAUUAACCCAGAAUUUCAAUUUACAUAACAAACAGACUGGGUAUGUAGGAGGACAUGGCAGGGGUAUUACUGCUAAUUCCUGCACUUUUCAGCAAUCACAGAUCAAGAUGCUCUUGCUCUGAGUACCAGGGCAUUUUUACAUUUUGUAAAUACUGAUAUGAAACAUAUGUUUUGCCUUAAGUAUUGAAAACAGAAUAUUUUACCAUUGGGUAAUGCACGUUUCUAAGUACAUUUUAUGUACAUUCUACUUUCUUUAAAUGGCUCAGAGGUGCUAACGGCCUCCGUUGGGCUCUUCUUGUAGGCACUAGAUAAUAUCCAUGGCUUUGUUCACACUUGGACUCAUACAGUAAAAGAGGCUGCUUUUUUUAAGAGGCCAGUUCACCAAACCACUUUAUCCAUCUGCAGGAGCAUGUUUUACAUGAUUUCAGAGGUCACAGGCUUGUUGACUUGAGCACAUCUGUAGAUAGAAAAGCAGUCAUUUAAUACAGAACACUCAUCCUUCACCUACUUGUUAGGAUGAGGCUUAUGGUUUACAUUAUUUGGUCAGCACUCACAGCUGACACUUCAGAACUAAAGCCUGACCACACAAAUGCUUGAGUUAGUUUACCAUAUAUUGUGCCAAAGGAACAGGGAAACUGCAUUUAUUCUGAGGCAGUCAUGCUGUAUUUGCAUCAUCCAGCUCAAGAUUCAAAUUAAGUCUGUUUUUCAUUUUUUUUGUUUUGUUUUUGAAAGGCAGUCAUGUUAAAGUACGAUUGGGUUAGUCAGUGGCAUAACUGGAUAUGCCAUGACAGGUUGGUACUCACGUUACACUGCCUGAGUAAUAUUUCAGAAAGGAGCUGAAGGCAGAAGCAUUUGGCUAUGGGCAUAGCAGGAGCUAGCCUAAUUAAGGUGCAGUGCAUGGUGACGCUGACUUUUUUUUAACACAUGCUGAAAUUGCUGGAGCCUUUACAAAAAAUGAAGCCUUCCAUUCUUCGUAUUCACAUUCUACUAUGCCUAUUACACGUACUAUUCACAUACAACGCCAAUUAAAUGCAUUGAAAUUAGCCCAUGUUGCCAUAUCUCACUCUCAAAACUGCCAGGAAUUUUAGGGAAUUGUUUAUUUGAAGGUCUAGAACACAAGACUCUAUAGUGGGCUGUGACAAUAUAUCAGACUAAUGAUUAAUUAUGAUAUUAAAAUUUUGCCAUUUUUAAUUAUACGAAUACACUGUAUAGUAGUACAUAUUUUUGUACACCUCAUUAAUUGAGGUAUUUAAGGCAGUAGUUCUCAUACCACAUCAUUGUUUUAAGGUAUGAAACUAUGUAAAGAAAAAAACAUGGGGUGUUAUGUUAGGGAGAAAUAAUCAGUGAUGUUGAUUAAGAAAUUACAGAAUUCUAAUAACAAUUUUCCAGCAAUUAAUUUUUUGUUUAUUAUGGAACAACAUGUCAUUUCUAUCCAUUUGCAGUUACUUUUAAUGGUGUGGAACAUCUGGAAAACAAACUAGUUCCUGUUAUGAUUUACAUUAUAGCAGCUGUAAACAGUCAUUCUCUCACCAACCUCUCUUUUUUAUCUAUCAUGAAGUUAAUAAGACAAAAAUGUAGCUUGUUAGCUGGAAACUGCAAAGCCCUCCAUCCCGAAGACUAUCCCCUGGCCGAAAACCUAAAGGAGCAGCUUUACAGCUAACAAGCGCAAUGAUAUAUACCUGCCAAUUGCCUUAUAGCUGGCACUACUGCCAGAGCUGCUGGAUCAGCUAAUCAGCUAAUUUUGACCAAUGAGAUUUGAGAACUCAAGCGUGCUGUAGUAUAAUUAUAGUGAAGAGUUUGUUUUCAGUUAGUUUUUUUUUUUUUUUUUUUUUUUUUUUAAUGAAAUAUGUUUAGAAAAAUUUUUUUAAUUAAAUUUGAUCUUUAAAAUUUUUGCCUUAUUGUAAUGCAUCAAACAUCAUGUAUUUGCAAAAAUUACUGUUUUAUAUAGAUGUGUAUAUUGUCACAGCCCUAUUUAUAAUUUAAUCUAUAUAUUAAUCUACUACAUUUUUGCUAUACAUAAUCAUUUACACACAAACGUUCGACAACACACUGAUUUGGGCAUUUGUGUUUUUGUGCCCUGCAAAUGAACAGGAGUUCAUGGAUUUUGAUGGAAAAUAUUGAUCACCUCUCCUACGUCUACAUUCUUAUUUCUGUUUAUUUCUGGAAAAUUAACUUCACAUUUUCUAAGCCAUUUUUCAAACUUGGAUUUGUUGAGAACUUUGGACAAACCUCUUAACACGAAUCAGUGCUUGAAAAAAUUGUAAAUUAUAUAGAAAUGUUCUUGUAACUAUGCCAAAUACAGUACCUUCUCUAUUGUAAAUAUAAUGUUUUUAAAAGAAAGUGUAGCUAUAACAAAUUUACAGCUUUGAAUGUUGGAACAAAUUAUAAUUAUAAAUGUUAAAUAUUUAUGUUUUUUUUGGAGGGGGGAGGGGGUGGUUGUAGAACAAAUGAGGUUGUGCUUACACUUUUACUGUACAUUCUAAUGAAUUCAUGUUAAAUAAAAUUUUUCAACAAGCA